AUGACAAAUAUUCCAUAUAGAAUUAAAGGUAGUUUUAUUUACAAUGAUGUAUUAAAAGUGAUUUGUAUGGAAGUAGUUAUUUUAUCAAAAAAUUUGUAUACAUGUCGAAAAAAAUAUAUGGAAUAUGUUAAAAAUGUGGAACUAAAACAAUCAAAAAAAGAUAUAAUAAUAAAUAUAGACAAAUCUGGAAAAACUAAUAACAAUAAUAACAAUAAUAACAAUAAAAAUAACAAAAAUAUUGCAAAUUUAUCUUUUUAUAAUUUAAUUAAACAAUAUGAUGAACUUAUUAAUAAUUUAGUAAAUUUAUAUAAUAACCAUAUUGAUAUAUAUAUUGAAUUUUUGUAUAUACUUAUAAUAAAUACCAAUCUUUUUAACCAUUUUCUUUACAUUUGCACAUAUGAUAGUGGCAAUAAAUAUAAUUCACUUCUCUCCCUUAUUCACAAACAUUUUAUAACAAUUAUUAAAUAUUAUCAUUUUUAUAAUUCUCACACUUAUUGCAACUAUUUCUGCACAAAAUUUAAGAAUCUGUGUAACCCCCGGGCCCCCAAAAAAGGGACGGGCGACGCAACCAGGUCAACUUCGGAUGGAGAUCUCCUUCAUGAAACCUCAAAAAAGUGUAAUAAAAAAUGCAAUGAUAUUAGUGAUUCAUAUAUGAGCUUAAGCUCCGAAAAUAUUUUUUCAAAAAUAAAAAAUAAUGAAUAUAAAAAAGUUGGUGUUAAGAUAUGUUCCAUUCCUAUACAAAAUGAAGACACAAAUAAAAACGAGUUUAGCAUAAAUAAAAACGAUUUCGACACAAAUAAAAACGAUUUCGACACAAAUAAAUAUUUUAAGUUAAAAAAAAUAAUGCUAAUAUUUGAAAAAUUAACUAAUGAACACUUAUAUAUUUUAUUGUAUUUUUCUUUAUCUAUUUUACCUACUAUUUUUCACACAUAUCUAACAAUCAAAUUUUCAAAAAAAAAAAAAAAUAAUAAAAUUAAUUCAUAUUUAAUAAAUACAUUAAGACAAAUCAAAUUCGAAAUAACAAAUACAUUAACAUUAAAAACAAAAAAAAAUGAUUUUAGCAAAUUUAAUACAAAUUUUUGGAACUACAUAAAUAACAUUAACCUCGAUGCAAUAAAUAAAAAAUGCAAAAAUUGUGGAAAAUGCGAAAAUUACAUUUCUACGAUAAAUAAUAAAAUGAAAAUGUUACACACCCUCGAAUUUCACACAGAUCUAAUGACUCGACAAGAUGCAAAUGUGACCAAAGGAAAGCGGACUGAAAAUGUGAGAGAAACGAAACGAGAUGUUGAAAAUGGAGGUGAAAAAAAUGAAGAAGGUAAAGAAGGUGAAAAAAACGCUGAAAAUGGAGAUGAAAAUGGAGGUGAAAAUGGAGGUGAAAAUGAAGAAGGAGAAGACGUGGAAACGUUAGAACAGCUACUAAAAGAUAAGAUGCAAGUAAAAAAUAUAUAUAAAUAUAUAAAAAAAAAAAAAUAUACAUAUAAUUGUAAAGGUUUUGAAAAUAUCAUUAAAAGUGUAAGCAUAAUAAUAGAAUAUAAUAUAUAUUCUUUUUUUAUUAACAAGAUUGGAAUGUCAAAUUAUGUUGGAAAAAACAAUUUAAUAAUAAAUAAUUUGAAUAUAUAUGAUGAAAAUAACAACUAUAUUAUUGUACGAGAAUUAAAAAAAGACAAUACUCUAAUACAUAAUGAAUAUAUAAAAAAAAAAAUAAAAAAAAAUAAAAUAUAUACAUAUAAAAUAUUGAAUAACAAAAUUGAAGCAUUAUUAAAUACUAAAGAAUUUAUGGAAAAUAUAAAAAAAGAAAAAGGGAAUAAAUAUGAAAAAGAUAAAAAAAAAAAAUUAGACUUUUUUUACAUAGGAACUGAAAAUAAUAAUGAUUGUAAUAUAAUAAAUAACCAAAAUAAUAUCUAUGAUGAUAUAUUUAAAUGUUUUAAAAAAAAAACAAAUACAGAUAUUUUAGAAUCAGAUAUAGAUUCAUAUAAAGAUAGUAAUUCUAGUGAAAAUCUAAUUUUUUAUGAAAAAACAAAAAAAUAUUUUUAUAAAAAUAAAUUAAACAUUGAUUAUUUUACUUAUUUUAUUACAACCUCAUUUUAUAUUUUUAUACAUUUUCAUAAUAUCUAUUUUUCUUCAACAUUUUUUAAUAUCUUUCUUACAUUUUCUAUUAAAUUGGCAUAUAAAUAUACGCAUAACACAAAUUACCUUCCCUCUUCUAAUUUAACAAAUCAAGACAACACCUCUCCAGAGAUAUCCCCAGAUGAGAUGGGGUCAGAAACAGUUCCACUUGUUAAAAUUCCAAUGAACAAUUUUUUAGAAAAAUAUCAAAAUAUAAAAAAAAAAAAAAAAAAAAAAUUGGACAAAUUGGGAUAUAAAAAAAAUGAUAAUUAUUUUACAAAUAAAAAAUCUUUAUUAAAUACAUUCGAAAUUAUUGUAAAUUCAUUUUUGGAUGUAUGUAUAUCCUUAUGUAGUAUAAAUUUUAAAUGUAUACAUGCUAAACAUAAUCUUUUAAAUAAAAAAUAUAUUUUAAAUAAUAUAUAUUACUAUAAUAAGGUUAUUAGCAAAGGAUACGAUGAAAUAGAGUUGUACAAUCAUGAUUUGCAAAAUUAUAAAAAUUUCAUAAAUGGCUAUCUUUUAUAUUUUUCGGAAUUAAAAAAAAGUGAGUUGUUUAAAAAUGCAUUCAUUAAUAAUGGCCAAGCUCGGAAAAGGGACGAAGAAAAAGAAAAAAAAGAAAAAAAAGAAAAAAAAGAAAGCGUAGCAAACGUAGCAAACGUUGCCAGAAUAGACGGCCCCAAGUUGGCAGAAAAUGGCAAACAGUAUGAGAAACCCCAUUUAGAAAGAAAUCACAUUAAUAUGAAUAAAGAAAAGGAAAUAAUUAAAAGAUUUAUAGAAAAUGGAUGUAUUUAUGAUAAAGAGUGUAAAGAUAGUGAAGAAGAUAUAUCUUCUGAUAAUUGUGAUAUUUUAUUAAGCAAUUAUAGUGAUAAAAGCUUAAUUUUUUUAAAAAAAUGUAAAAAUAAAAUAAAAAAAAGAAUAUACAUUAAUGAGAAUAGCAUUAUAAAUUUAUUAAUGAAUAUUGGAUGUUUAUUUAUGAAUAAUAUUAAAUAUAAUUCUAGAUUUGUUUUCAAAAUUUUAGACAAAAUGAAAAAAAAUGUCGAAAUAUCGAAAAAUAAAGAUAAAUUCUUUAACUAUAUGCACACUGUUUUUUUCUCUGUUUAUAAUAAUAACAAUGUUGAAAAAAAAAAAAAAAAAAAAAAAAAAUUUGCCAUUUUUAAAUAUAUACAAUCAAUAUUUUUUAUCGUUUUUUUUUUUUUAUAA